UUCUCUUUCUCUUCGCCUCUGCUCCAACUUGGACCAGUGAGCGUUAGAAUCGCAGCCAUCACGAAACCCAACGGAGCUCCCACCCCAGCCCCAUGGCUUUGGGCUCUUACGUCCCCCAGCUCUCGGCUGGCCAUCCCCGGAAGCCCCCACGCUCAUCAUCUGCCUUGUGUAUAUCGCAACCCUCCCCCAAUCGAUUGCAGUUCAGUCCUCCAGCUUUCAUAGACAUGUCUUCGUCGUGCUCUUGUGGUCUGCUCUUCAGCCAGUAGUACCUUGUUUAUCAUUUCCCCCUCUAGUCAUUCCUCAUUCUUUGCACGAAGCUAUCGUUUCGCUAGACUGUUACUAUGGCAGGACUUCCAAGCAUCGGGGACAUCCUGAUGUUGUCACAAUUAGCAUGGAAGAUCGGUAGAGCCUUUACAGCGGGCCGGAAGGGUGCGCCGACCGAGUUUCUCGAAGUCGAAACCGAGAUCAACGGCCUGGCCAAAGCUCUCAAGCUCUUAGCCGAAACCUUGUUCGCUGACCUAGAUGAAAGUCUGCUUGAAAAGGCGGACAAAGAGACCCAGGCAGGAGUGGCUACGAUAGUGCUGUCCUGUCAACGGACAGUGAAUGACCUGGAUUCUCUGAUGGACCAGUAUCAGGUUAUCAAGAAGCAUCGAACCGUGGGUGGUUUCGCCAUUGAGAGAACAUGGAGCGACCUGGUGCUAGCCAGCUACAAAACUAUGAUGUGGACAACCGAGGGCGGUAACAUCCAGAAUCUACGGAACAUGCUCCGAAUGCACACAAGUUCCAUCGCUCUAACAAUGCAAGCAAUGCAAAGUAAAUCGUUAGCUCGACUGGAGAGUGUCGUCGCCCCUAUGGCAGAAAAGAUCGACAAGAUUCAUCAUAGGACCGGAAGCCUCGGCGAGCAGCUUGAGGAAGUACGUCGCAUCGCUAUCGAAAUCGCCGGUGACACUCUACCGCUGCGGCCAACACGUGAUCUAGAGAGCCCCCCUCAGGGCUCUCCCCUCUUGGAUCGAUCUCGACAAACACCGCUAUCUACCGAAACGAUCCCGACACGGCAGUACUUUCCUCCGCGGCAGAGCUCGAACAAUGCUGCUUCCUUUCCUGAGCUGAGUAAUUCCGAAGCUCUCCCAUCCGCCACAGCAAGGAAGCGAUUCUCGGAGUUUAGUUUUGGGGGGCCUUCGGGAGGUGCAAAAUCUCAGUCUCUUGAAAUACGUACCUACGAGACCCCAGUAGCUCCAUCAUCCAAACGCUUCUCUGAACUCAGUAUUGAGGGAUCUUCCCCUCAAUUCUCAGGCAGCUAUCCGCCUUCAGAUGCAGGAACACACAGUGGAUGGUCAAGUCCCGCUACCAGUCGGAACUCAUUUCUCCACCACCAGCCCUCCAAGAAAGAAUCUAGACUCCCAAUGACACCAGAAAUGACCGAGCCUACGGCAAGGCCAGAUUCAACGAUAAUGCCUCCACUCCCACCACCAGCUCUAGACAUUCCGCCAGAUCCUGGAGUCGAUAAGGCCAUGUCGGUCUCCAAGCUGAGUCUUGUUCCUUCGCUACCACCAGACAUCAUCAAGCUACACCGGAGCUCGACGACCUCCAGCCAGAGGGACUUGUUCGAGAAGGCGGCUUUCCGGAAUUCUGCUAUCUUAUGUGACGUCCGCGGUUCUCUCGUUGAAUACGCUCAGAAAGUCUCUUCAGAAGAGGACUCGCACGACGUUGAAAUGAUUAAGGCAUGCCAGGAAUGCCGCAUCGCCGUCGUCCGUAAACGGGAGACGUCAGAGGAUAAUUCAGUACGCAUGAUGACAUCAAUCUGGGUGUUUAGCGAUGAUAAUAUCGUACGAUUGCAGUUGAAGCUUGCGGAUGGAGAAAUUUAUCUCCCAUAUUCGAGUUAUUUUAACCCGGAGAAGAUUAGCGUGACAGUACCGUGCGAGCUCAGGUUCCAUGAUGUGAGAUAUGGGACAAGACCGCUCAAGAUUGCGAAGACCCAUUGGGUUAAUUAUUAUUUUGAAGACACGAGUGCAUCAACCCUUUUCCAAAACGAAAUCAUGGGGCGUUCCCUCCUCAGCACAUUCCGCACAGAAAAGACGCUCCGCAUCCACGAAGGCCUUUCCGGCGCCUUCUCCUAUCAAGAACAAAUGUGCGGGAUGGAAAACCUGCGCAUCUGGGAGGAUGAAACGACAGGCGCAGUUAUCGCAAUGAUUCAUUACUCUGCUCAAUUUCGAUUAGGUUACCUCUCAUUUUAUCUCAAUAGCUCUAGAAAUCCAAUCAGGCUGAAGGAUGAAGGGGGGAAAGAGAUCAAGAUUAAAGGGCUAAGGGUGCCAUUGGAAAAGGUCGGUGUUACGAGAAAAGACAGCGGGGCAGGAGUUGCGGGUGAAGGGAAAGUGGAGAGGAAGGAGAAGGAGCUUGAUAAGAGGAAAAUCGUUAGUGGAGUGCGGAUUGAGUUUGGAAGUGAGCACGAGAAGAGAAAUUUUAUAGCCCUAGUGAAGGAUGUGCAGAGGACAAUGCUGGAGUUGCCCGAUUUGAUUGGAGUAUAGAGAGGACCGUGGGAAGAUAUUCAUCAAAGACCUGAACAGGACUUAGUGAUUGCAUGCCGGUGCGAUAUAUCAUCCAAGAACCAGGUAAUGCUGAUCAGAUCUAAU